UAUAGAGCUUGCUGAAAAAAAAAAAACACACACACACGGAGAGGAAAGUAGCUAACCUUGCCAAGCAUGACACAGCAUGGCUGUGGGAGAACACAGCCCUGCUAAACUGGGAUUCUCAACCAGUCAGUCACCUAGAACGGACGGGAAUUUAUGUCAAACUCGUACUGCUGCUGGACGGGCUUGGAUUACUCACUGCUCUUCUGCCCGCUGGGAGCCGUUCACUCGGUUCACUCCGAGCUCAUGUGGAAAUAACUCGGGCUGCUUUAGCCACGCUAGCUGCUGAAACAUCUUAAAAUCUUCCUACAGGGUUUAACACAUCGCCCAGCUCCAGAAAUGUCCGAUAUGAGACUUUACAGCGAAUAUAUCUACGAUUUACCAGCGGCUGUGGUGAAUGAAUUUACCCGGGUCAUGGAUUCGCUGCCUGUUUCGGACUGGCUGAGAUUUGCUUCUAGAGUCAUAUCCGACCAGACUGAACUGCGCCUUUUGGAACAGAACAGCAGACGGACGGAAACACUAAUGCACAAGUGGGGCUGUAGAAAUGGGACCGUGGGAGAACUUGUGGACCUCCUCCAAGAUCUGAAGCUGUUAAGGCUGAGGGAUAUCAUCCUUCAAUGGAGGCGAAUACCACAGCCUAGUGCCGCCCCACUGCCCUCCAGCCCUCUGCCACAGCCCAGCCCCUCUCGCUACAGCACCCCUCCCUCAUCACUCUUCACCCCGUCCAAACACCUUACCCAGACCCUGCCUAGCUCUGAGAACAGAUUCCUGCCCAAGCCUGGACCUCCGCCCCAGGAUCUGGAGUCGGCUCAUCUGUGUUCGCAGUCAACACAGUCUGUAAAAGAGGAGAAGGAGGAAUCAGCAGCUCCCUUGUCUCUGUGCACCAGCGUCAUGUGCUGGCCGUUUGAAGAAGUGCAGAGAGGCACAGAUAAUUUCUCAGCGUCUCGUCAGAUCGGAGAGGGAGGCUUCGGGCACGUUUACCGCGCCUCCAUAAGGAACACUGACUUUGCAGUGAAGAGGCUGAAACAGGACUCCCAGAUGGGUUGGAGUGUGGUGAAGGACAGUUUUAAGACAGAGGUGGAGAGGAUGUCAGAAUACAGACACCCGAACAUAUUGGACCUGGUUGGCUAUAGUGUGGGAGGUGGAUCAUACUGUCUCAUAUAUGUCUACAUGCCUGGCGGCUCUUUAGAGGACAGGAUGCACUGUAAAAAUAGGACUGCCCUCUCCUGGUCACAGCGGGUGAAUGUAUUAUUAGACUCAGCAAAAGCUAUUCAGUAUCUCCACUCUUGUUCUCCUGCACUAAUUCACGGAGAUGUCAAAAGCUCCAACAUUCUUUUAGACGACCACCUUCAGCCCAAGUUAGGGGACUUUGGCCUGGCACGGCUGUGUCACCAUCCCAGCAGAACUCCAGGGAAGACGAGCACCGUGGCUCAGACAGCGACCGUGCGAGGAACUCUGGCCUACCUGCCUGAUGAGUACGUGAAAGAUGGGCAGCUGGGGGUGGAGAUCGAUGUCUACAGCUUUGGAGUGGUGUUGCUGGAGGUUCUCACUGGCCGAAGAGCUUUGGAGAGUGACAGCAAUUCGAAGAGCGUCUACCUGAAAGACUUGGUGUCAGAAGUGGAGGAUGAUGGGAAAAGCAUCAGUAAAGGGAAGAAUUCUCGAGAGUUGGCCUUUUCCCAGGUGGCUGAAAACAUCUGCCAGAGGCAUCUGGAUCCUCGGCUGGUGACUAAAGGCAUUCCUGACCCUCACGGUUCCAGGGAAAUCUCUCAGCUGGCGUGCCGCUGCUUAGACCGCCGGAGGAAGAAGAGGCCUUCGAUGCCCGAGGUCUUCAAAACUCUCCAGGGUGUGCAUUUGGGCUUGAAGGCCUUUGGCAGGUCCGGCUUAGUCAAACUGUCUCAGUCUCCUCCGCAUCUGUCGGGCCCGAAGCCUCUGUGCUCCGACUCUCGCUCUCUGGACUCUCUCACUCAUCAGUUCUCUAAGCUGGGUCCCCAGGAGGACACUUACUGCUGCCCACACAAACACAGCUCCCUCCCCCUCCCUUCCGCAGUGACUCACUCAGAAGCCCCCGAGUCACAGAGCAGCGAAGGAUUAUGGGAUACUCACUACUCAUCCGUCCGCGCUCCCUGCGAAUCAGACGAGAGUCAGGGCUUCUCGCAGUGUUACGCGUCCCCGUGGGGAGCUCAGACCAGUAAAUCUCAGCCGUGGUCUGGUGGACACAGUGACAUUAAGACCACGCAAUCCAGCAACUUCUCAGAAGUCACAACGUGUCCAACCAGCUGCAGCUCAGAUAACAGAGUUAUUAUUAAUUCAGUCAGAAAGCGGUUUGUUGAGAAAAUGGUACUCUAUGAGGAAGGCAGAAUCCCAACCUCAGACCUCCUCUCAUCCGCAGCUCCGUCAUACGGAGCAUUCAAUUCUGAAAGAAGAGAACCGGAAGAGAGUGAUGAGUCUGCUAGUAAUUUGGGAUGAUGCUCUGGAUCGGAUGUGGAGUGACUUGUGCACUUCCGAGGACAACACUCAAGGAAAUCGGACAGAAAGAGCUGUUCCAGGUUUCCCAGCAUCAAAGUUCUCAAGGCCAAAUGGUGACCAGCUGAAAGUUUUGUUUGAUAGUUUGAGUUUGGCCACUGUUGUUUACUACUGAAGCACAGAGUGUAUAAUUUAUUGGACCGACUGAAGUAUGUGGCAUAAUAUGGUACCUGUAUCUGUUUUGGUACAAAAGUCCAUUAUAUUGUUUUGGUGGAAGAUGAGUGAGGCCAUGUUAACUGCUUAGUCAGCUGAGAUUUGCAAGUCACUGUUACUGGAGCUGAAAACAACUAUGGGAUGUCUUUAUUUCUUCCUGUACAUUAUACACGAUACCAUUCCUUUAUUCUUUAAGAAAAACUCCACUGCUAUGGAUCAGGCUGGCCUGCAUCACUAAGUGUGUUUGUUUUCUUUUCGACUGCGAUGUGCAGAAGAAAUUUAUGUAUUAUUGUAUUGUAUUGUAUUGUUGGAAGGUAUUGUUUAUACUGUGACUUUCAUAUUGCAACAAUUGCACCAAACAUAACAUUAUGACCACCUCCUUAUUUCUACAUUAUCGAUUCUUCAGCUCCGCUGAGCAUGUUGCAUUACGUUACAUUACAUUAGGCAAACGCUUUUAUCCAAAGUGACUAACAAAUAAUGUGCAUUUAGCAAUAAAAGGCAUAGAAGUUGAAGGUAAAAAACAUGGGCAGCAUCCUGUGGGCAGCAUCCUCUAACCGCUAAUGAAGGACCAUACAAUAACCAACACACACUGUGCAGCAACAGAUUCAGAGAUUCUCUCUCUGACUUUACUUUAUCUACAACAGGGGUUGGCAAUAAGCAGAGAGAUGUGGUCUGCAGGCAUGACACCUCUUGCCCAUGAGGUCCUUUGAACUAUAAUUGAACGAUAAAGGAAAAAUAAUAAUAAUAAAAUGCUUCUCUGGUGAGCUUUUGUUUACAUUCCUCCCCUGUCUCUCUCUGUCGUGCUCGGCAUGACUUUAGUUACCGCCCGUUCUUGUUCUCCCGAUCUCCUUAAAAGGAUUUUUUUUGGCCCCAGCCGUGUCCCAAUUCACUAGCCGGGGCAGCGGUAGUGUAUUGGACCGUGAACCUGAGGAUGCAAGGAAACAGAAGAACUACAGUCUCUAAUUACAAAACUACAAAGUGCUGCUAUAGAAACAAACAGAAAAAGGCGGUUAUAAUCUUAUGCUUGAUCAAUGUAUAUAGCUAAUAUCUCUUUACAGUAAAAGGGGAAAAAAAUCUUAACUUUUAAUGCAAGGCAAUGUAAAAAGAUUUCAUUCCAAGUAAUUUUGGAGAUUAGAAAUUGGUCCAUUUAUCAUGAAACUGAUGCAAUAUAAAGAGCUACUUUCAGAUUCAGAUUAUGUCUCAGAUUACAAGGACAGCAUUGCAUUACAUUUUAAAUAUUUUCUGACUGUUUUAAGGUUAACAUGUACACAAGUCGAGGUUAAUAGUAUAUACAUUCACUGAUUGGUGACUGAUGAAUCUGUAAUUAAAAUCUAGCUGUGUUAAUUUUUUAAUAUUAGUUUACACUUUUGCAGUUUAUAUUAUAUUCAAAAUGCCUCCCAUCAUAAACAUGGACUUCAUGAUUUACCUAGAUCAUGAAUUCGACAAGCACAUUCUAAACAAGUUAUUCAUGUUUAACUCAGAUUUAUUUUUUCCCUAAAUCUGACUUUCUUUUGUGUACAGGGUGAGUCAAAAUUUGUAGGACAUUCAUUAAUUUCAGAAACGAAAGGGACAAGGUCCAGCAGCGUUUGUCUCACCCUGUAUUUAUACAACAGCACUGAAAUUACUAUGCGCUGAAUAUGUAAAUACUUUAGGUACAACAUUAUUACUAAUUACUUUGCAGUAUUUAUGUACUACACAAGGUACUUCAUGUUUAAUAAAUGGUUAUUACUUAUUGAAACUGUU